AUGUUAGAAAAAUCAAAACAUGAUACUUCAAAACGAAACCUUGAAAUUCGUAAACCAAAGAAACAGCAAGUAUUAUCACAUAAUCGAGUUCCGUCAAUGGCUGAAUCACUUGUUUGUUAUACUGAAUAUACAGCUCCACUUAUUCACGUAAUGUUUGCUGGAGGUAUUGGUGGUUCAACAGCCGAUUUUUUAAUGCACAGUAUAGAUACUGUAAAAACUAGAUUACAAGGUCAAAGAACAAUUAAGCCUCUAAAAUAUCAAAAUAUGUUGCAUGCUUAUGUUACAAUAUUCAAACAAGAAGGAAUUACACGUGGAUUAUAUAGUGGAGUAACCCCUGCCAUUUUGGGUUCCGUGCCGGCAACAACAAUUUAUUUUGGAAUGUAUGAGCUUACAAAGCGUAAAUUAACUGCAAUAGGAAUACCAGACACUUUUGCGCAUUUGACGGCUGGUUCUGUGGGUGAUGUAAUGGCAUCUACUGUAUACGUUCCUUCAGAGGUUUUGAAAACUCGAUUGCAGCUGCAAGGUCGUUACAAUAACCCACACUUUUUUAGUGGAUAUAAUUAUAAAAAUACUUUGCACGCUGCACAAAUGUUAUAUAAAUAUGAAGGUCUUAGUGCAUUUUAUCAUGGAUAUAAAGCAACUUUACUACGUGAUGUGCCUUUUUCGGCGUUACAAUUUGCUUUUUACGGUAUUUUAUUAUGGGCAACGUUUUAUGCAAGUACUAUUAAUCAAGAUAGUCAAUUAAGUCUUAAGUGGGAAAUUGCAACAGGCGCAUUGGCGGGAGGUCUGGCAGGAGCUUUAACAACUCCUUUAGAUGUUAUGAAAACGUUACUACAAACUCAAGUACAAAAGCAAGUAAAAAAAGCAGUUUCCUCUACUACUGUUCCUCCUCAAAAUUCAGUAAAGUAUACUCAUUAUUAUACUGGUGUAUGGGAAGGAAUGAUAUGGAAUUAUAAAAAUCUUGGAAUAAAAGGACUUUUUAUUGGUAUUGGGCCAAGGGUUGCUUGGACUACGAUGCAAAGCGGGAUAAUGUUUUUUAUUUAUGAGCAGUAG